GAGAUCCAGUAAAUCUUCCCUGCUGCUUUGAUUCUGCUCUCAGAAUGUCGUAUAAAAUUAUCUUCUCUCCUCUGCUAAUAAAAACAAAACAAAAAACACCUCAGCCUUGCAAUAAACCCUGUGACGUGAAGUCCAGCAUCAGAGGGCAAACUGUGCUCAGUGAGGCAGAAGGAGCAGAGCCGUGCAGAUCACACACACCUGACCGCAGCGUCUCGAGAGCUCACCUGGGGUCAGAGGGCGUCUGCGGGAUGGAGAGGCUGCUGAGGAGGUGCCGGAUCAGAAACCCUCUGGUCAGGGAAUGCCUGGCCGAAUGCCUCGGGGUUUACACCCUGAUUUUGUUUGGAUGUGGCACCGUUGCACAGGUGACGACGUCUCAAGAAAAAAAUGGCCAGUAUCUCUCCAUCAACCUUGGCUUUGCUUUGGGGGUAACAUUCGGGGUCUUUGUGUCCCGUGGAGUCUCAGGCGCUCACCUGAAUCCUGCAGUUACUCUGAGUUUGUGCGUUUUGGGGAGACAUCCAUGGGUGAAACUUCCUUUAUAUACCUUCUUCCAAGUGCUUGGAGCCUUUCUGGGUGCAGCCACAGUUGGUCUGCAGUACUAUGACGCCAUCCAGAGUUACAGCGGGGGUCAGCUGACGGUGACGGGUCAAACAGCUACAGCAGGAAUAUUCAGCACUUAUCCAGCUGAAUACCUCAGUUUGGGGGGAGGCUUCUUGGACCAGGUGAUCGGCACCGCUGCUCUGCUGCUGUGUAUCCUGGCUGUAGGGGACCAGAGGAACACCUCCAUACCCGAUUAUCUUCAGCCCCUCCUGGCCGGAGCCUCGGUCCUGGUUAUCGGCGUCUCCAUGGGCUCAAACAGCGGAUACGCCCUGAACCCGGCCAGAGAUUUUGGACCUCGCUUCUUCACUUACAUUGCUGGCUGGGGAGAUGACGUUUUCAAGGCUGGAGGUGGUUGGUGGUGGGUCCCGUUAGUCGCUCCCUGCAUCGGAGGUUUGGUAGGAACUCUGAUCUAUGAGCUGCUGGUUGAAGUCCACCAUGCAUCCCUCUCUCCGGAGGAUCAGCCUUCAUGUCAAGAAACCACCGAGGGAAAGUCUCUGGAGCUGGAGGGAGUGGAACCAAGCAGUGGAAAGUCUGAAUAGCUGUCAAAUUGUGCUUUACCAAAGACUAAAGUCUGUUAUCAGGCAGACAAGCAAGAUCAGCAGUAGAAUACCUUGGAAGAACCUUUACAGCUAUUUAAUGAUGAUCAUAAACCUAAUUUGUCAUUUCUGAGUAACCUAAGAGUCUGAAGCAGUUUAGUUCUGAACUUUAAUCAAAUCCAAAAACUGAAUCAGAACAAGGAUCUGAGAUCUAUGUCACGUUCUAGAUGGGGUCUGGGAAACCAGUGGGAUUUGAACACAGACAGUGUUGAGCAUAUCUGAAGUAGUUCAGGAAGUCUGAUAUUACUUUCUAAUUUGAGCAUUGAGAUAAUGGAGAAAGUGGGCCAAGAAUUGAGCCUUGAGGAACCCCAAAUCUUUGUUCAUUCAGAUUUACUACUGACUGACGCAGCAUAGCUCUGGUCAGCCAAGAAAGAUGUGAACUAAUCCAGAUAUAUUCUUGUGAGCCAUAAAAAUUUAGUUUUCAGUUUUCUA